AAUGACGAAAAUCUCCCUUAAACUUGUUAAAUCUUAAUCCUCCUUUGUUCGAUUCCAUUAUCGGGGAGGAGAAGUUCCUACCGCCUUCACAACCGCCACUGAUUCCAGAUCUUCGUCUCCAAUUAGAGAUAUGGCUUCUCAUGGUAAGAGUAAGAGAGGUAGAGGUGGGAGUCAGAAGAAGCGGAGGGAUGAAUCCGAGUCUGAGUCCGAGUCUUACACUUCUGACUCGGAUGGCUCUGAUGAUGUCUCGCCGCCCAGGAGUUCCAGGAGGAAGAAAGGCACCACCAGCAGUCGUCGGACUCGACGCCAUAGCUCAAGUGAUGAUUCCAGUGACAGCGAUGGUGGACGGAAGAGUAGGAAGAGAUCUUCAUCUCAGGAUGUCUCAGAGGAAAAACUCAAGGAGUAUAUGUCUAAAAAAGCUCAGAAGAAGGCAUUACGUGCAGCAAAGAAACUGAAGACGCAGUCAGUGUCAGGCUACUCCAACGAUUCAAACCCAUUUGGGGAUUCGAAUCUCACCGAGACAUUUGUGUGGCGGAAGAAGAUUGAAAAAGAUGUUCACCGUGGAGUACCGCUGGAAGAAUUUUCCGUUAAAGCUGAGAAGAGAAGACACAGGGAAAGGAUGACAGAGGUUGAAAAGGUUAAGAAGAGGAGAGAAGAGAGAGCAGUGGAGAAAGCUCGACAUGAGGAAGAAAUGGCAUUAUUAGCUAGAGAACGUGCUCGAGCUGAGUUCCAUGAUUGGGAGAAGAAAGAGGAAGAGUUCCAUUUCGAUCAAAGCAAGGUGAGGUCAGAGAUUAGAUUACGUGAAGGCCGACUUAAGCCAAUCGACGUGCUCUGCAAGCACUUGGAUGGUUCAGAUGAUCUGGAUAUCGAGCUCAGUGAACCCUACAUGGUUUUCAAGGGACUCACUGUUAAAGAUAUGGAAGAGCUUCGCGAUGAUAUCAAGAUGUAUCUGGAUUUGGAUCGGGCAACUCCAACACGCGUACAAUAUUGGGAGGCGCUUAUUGUGGUAUGCGAUUGGGAGUUAGCUGAAGCUCGUAAAAGGGAUGCCCUUGAUCGAGCUAGAGUUAGAGGGGAGGAACCUCCUGCAGAAUUGCUUGCUCAAGAGAGGGGAUUACACGCUGGUGUUGAAGCUGAUGUGAGAAAACUUCUUGAUGGGAAGACCCACGCGGAGCUUGUAGAACUGCAGUUGGACAUCGAAUCGCAGCUGCGUUCUGGGUCAGCAAAAGUGGUAGAGUAUUGGGAAGCAGUUCUUAAACGACUCGAAAUAUACAAGGCGAAGGCUUGCUUGAAGGAAAUACACGCUGAGAUGCUGAGGAGUCAUCUACAUCGCCUCGAGCAACUUUCAGAGGGUGAAGAAGAUUUAGAAGUUAAUCAUGGCUUAACACGUGUGGUGGAAGAAAAUGAGGAGGAGAUAAAUGGUAUGAAUCAUUCAGAUGCUGAAGAAGCAUUUUCUCCAGAGCCUAUUGCCGAGGAAGAAGAAGCUGAUGAGGCAGCAGAAGCGGCUGGUUCGUUUUCGCCAGAGCUCAUGCACGGUGAUGAUCGUGAAGCAGCAAUCGAUCCCGAGGAAGACAAGAAGCUACUGGAAAUGAAACGGAUGGUUGUGUUGGAGAAACAGAAGAAACGGCUUAAAGAAGCUAUGGACUCAAAACCAGCACCUGUAGAAGAUAACUUGGAGCUUAAAGCAAUGAAAGCAAUGGGAGCAAUGGAGGAAGGUGAUGCCAUAUUUGGCUCUAAUGCUGAAGUGAACCUUGAUUCUGAGGUAUACUGGUGGCAUGACAAGUACCGGCCAAGAAAACCAAAGUAUUUCAAUAGGGUUCACACGGGUUACGAAUGGAAUAAGUAUAACCAAACUCACUAUGACCACGAUAACCCGCCUCCAAAAAUCGUUCAAGGGUACAAGUUUAACAUCUUCUACCCGGAUUUAGUAGACAAGAUUAAGGCUCCCAUUUACACUAUUGAAAAAGAUGGUACAAGCGCUGAAACUUGUAUGAUCCGGUUCCAUGCUGGUCCGCCUUAUGAAGACAUUGCUUUCCGGAUUGUGAAUAAAGAAUGGGAGUAUUCUCAUAAGAAAGGUUUCAAAUGCACGUUUGAGCGGGGGAUUCUACAUUUGUACUUCAACUUUAAACGACAUAGGUACAGGCGAUAAACUGAUCGGAGUUUGGCUGGAGAAGACGAGGCUGGCAGUUGUAAGACUUUGGCUGAUGUUUUAUUAAGCCUUGUUUGUAAGAGAAGGGCAAUACAUGUGUCUAAAUUUGGAUUUCACUCAAGUUAAUUCCUGAGCUAAGAACUGUAUUUGAAUAUUUUCAUUGAAGCUGAUAAUCAAACAGAACCGAAUAGAAAAUGACUUUUCAACA